AUGGGCGAUGAGCCAAAGAACGGCGAGGAUGACGCUGUCGGCGAAAGCCGCGGUCUUGCAAGAACUCCAACUUACUUGACUACCUUGACAGAAAAGUUCCACUGGUAUUCUAACUCUACGCUCAUCUACACAAUUCUCACAAUUAUCCAUUUGCCAUUUCUCCUCCACUCUCUGCAGUAUCCCCGCCAAAUAAUGGACGCCGUCAAGCGAUUCUUCUCUUCCCCGCGCUUUGCCGUGGCGGGCGCCAGCAAUGACCCGGCCAAGUUUGGCUUCAAGAUCCUCGCAUGGUAUCACCAGCACUCGCUGCCAGUGACCCCAUUAAACCCGCGAGCACCGCAGAUCAACCUCCCCUCGCGUGCGUACGACACUGUCCCCUCACCGAGCAAGCUGCCCUCGCCCACCCAGACUUCGCUAUCGGUCGUCACUCCUCCCCCGGUGACUCUCCAGGUGCUGCAAGAAGCGCAUUCCGUCGGAAUCCCUGCCGUCUGGCUGCAGCCGGGGACUUUCGAUGACGCUGUGCUGGAGUAUGCCCAUGGACACUUUGAGGCGGUGAUUGCGGGCGAUGGUGGAGCUGGUGGAGAGGGAUGGUGCGUGCUCGUGGAUGGUGAUGAGGGAUUAGAUGCUGCUGGAGUCCAGUGGACUAGCCAGCGACUGUGAGAGGAUGGGAUAGACUGAGAGGAAAGAAGAGGAAGAGUGGAGGAUCUGAUCUGAUCUGAUCUGAUCUGGGGAUGCUUGAUGUUUAAUGUUAGGGGGAACAGCAGCUAGUGAUGGUGUCUCAGAUGAUAACUGGGUUAACAGUAGUUGUUGUUAUUUAGAAGCAAGUUGAGUCUAGUUAUUCAGUACCCCUAAAGAACUUCCAAUAUUUUUCUUUUGCAA